AUGAUUGCGGCGGUGUUCGCAGGAGCGGCCAAGGAGGACGACCGCCCCAUGAUUUGCCCCCGAGAGAGGGGGCAGGCGUUCGCCUCGCGCCUGCAGCUGCACUUCCUGUACAUGAGGAUCCUCCUCCCUGCGCUGCUGAUCGCCAGCGUGAUCUCUUUCCCCUUCCCCUUCUCUUCUUCCCCGCUGACACGGUCAGUCCGAAGGCGUCUGGAGAGGCGCCCCCACUUCGACGGCAUGGUCAACGACAUGGCCACGACGCUGAAUGAGUUGUGGGGCUGCCAGGCGCCAGGUCGCGGUCAGGCGCCCGCGGGCUCAUCGACGCCUUCGGCCGGCCACGAACAGGUCUUCCGGGUGCUGAGGGAGGCUGCCUCGCGGUUCGGCCCGUGCCCCGCUGACCUGGGCGGUCCAGGGGCCCUUGAGGAGCUCCGGAUAUUUCAAUCAUACGAGGGUGACGCCACGAUGGUUGCCCCGGUGAGCUUCGGCACCGUCGACUCCAUCUCGCUGCCAGCUGCGGGCGCUCGACCGACGCCCAUGGUGGACAUCGACGAGGUGGCAGGACAGAACAUCGCUCGCCGGCUUCAAGAGUUGUUUUUACCCCGACAGCUGGGGUUGGAACGUCUUCAGGAGGCAGGGCCGAGGCGGCUCUACACUGACCUUGCCCUCCGCAAUCCGCGCCUCUACGCCGAGGUGGUUCGGUGGCUUCAAGACGCCGGGCUCGUGGACUUCCACAGCGCGGCCGAGUGUAACGUGGGCCUGUUCUUCGUGCGCAAGAAGAGCGGGCAACUCCGCAUGAUCCUCGACGGCCGCCACGCCUCGCCCAGGUUCCACGCGGCGGACUCCGUGGAGCUCGCCACCGGCGCGGCCUUCUCGCAGAUCGCCGUCGACGGCGACGAGCCGAUCUGCAUCGGCGGGGUCGACAUCGCCGACGCGCUCUACCAGAUCGAGAUCCCCCCGUGGCUCCGGCGGUUUCGCUCGGGCAUGCCGCGCGUUCGCGCCGGAGACGUCGGGAUCGCCACCCUCGCCGACGGCGCGCCCGUCAAGGCCUCCUCCUGGGUGGUGGUGCCUUGUUUCCGCUGCCCGCCCAUGGGCUGGAGCAUCGGCCUGCGGGUCUGCCAGUCGCUGAACGAGGCUGUAACCGCUCGGGCUCUGCCGGGCCAAGCUAGUCGACGGCUGGUGGAUCGCCGCCCGGCCCCGGCUCUGGCUGAGGGGCCGCGCCGCGCCGUAUACGUGGACAACUUCAUCGCGCUGCCCCACCGUCCUCGUGAGGUUCGGGCGGCUGCGUCAACCGUCGAGGCUGAGCUUGGGGCCUCGUCUCUCCCCACGCAUCCGGCGGGGGCGUCGGUGGGGGGCGACGCGCUGGGCUGGCACUUCGACGCUGGUCGCCCGGUAAUCGGGCUGGCUGUUCGUCUUCGGUGGCGCCUCCGUCUGGCCAUCGGCGAGCUCCUCGCGAACGGCCGGUGCAGCGGCUACGCCGUGAUGAAGGGGAUCUCCCACUUCACGUCGCGGGCGCUGAUCCGCCGCGAGCUGCUGAGCUGCCUGAGCUCCGUGUACGCCUUCGUGGGCGAGGGCACUCGGGAGCGACGGCGUCUACCUCCUGCGGUGAGCCGGGAGCUCCGCAGGUGCCGCGCCCUCCUGCCGUUGUACUACCGCGACGCCAGGCGCCCGCUCACGCCGAUCGUUUCUUGCAGAUGGCGUUUCUCGAGAGAUGGCGAGCAGCAGAUCGCGCCCCGGGACCAGGCCCUCGCCCAGGAGAGCAAGCAAGCCAGAUCGAUUACCUCGACCUUCUCGAAACAGUCCUCGUCGCACCCUGCAGCAGUAGCCUCGGCCCUGGAGCAGCAGAUCCCGUUCCGGUUCGAGCGCGCCCAGGGCCAGGAGGAGGUGGAGGAGGCACCGUUCGAGGAGGUGCCGCAGGAGGUGUGGGCGGACGGGUGGCAUCGUGCAUUGUCGUCGCCUUGGAGUCGGAGGGUGUCGCAGGUGGCGCUGGAAGGUCGGGCUCUCAUCCUGUGUCUGAAACGCCGCCUUCGAGCUCUUCGAAACUUCGGCACUACACGCGUUAUCCUGAACGACUCGAUGGCUCCGUUGCUGGCUUUGCCCAAGGGCAGGCUGGCGACGUUCCCGAGGCUGUUCGGGCUGGCGCCGUGCCGGGUCUGGCGGGCCAUGGCAGCGCCCCUGUCCACGGCGAGCCUGGGCUUCGUCGCCAGCAGCCCCCCGCCGCGGCCAGCGCGCAAGCGCCCGGCCGCUGCCUCGCCGCGGCCGGCGACGGCGGCCCGCAGGACCUCGGGCCCCGGCUCGGCGGCCGCCACGGCCGAGAGCGACCGACGGGCGGUCCGCCGCCGCGAGAGGGCCGAGAGGUUCGGCUCACCGCCGAGCUCGGCCCCCCGCCAGGGCUUGACUUUCCUGGAGGAGCAGUCGGUGUCGGAGGCCACGCGGAUCGACUACGAGCGCCGCCGCCGGGCCUUCAGCCAGUGGGCAGCCCAGAGGGGCAUCAGCAUCGAGACGCCCCCGGAGGUGGACGAUGCGCUGGCGCGGUUCUUCCGCGAGGAGUUCCUGGACGGGGGCGAGAGCUGCGACGCCUGGAAGCUGAUGGCGGCCCUGGCCUUCACGAGGCCCGACCUGGCCACGCGGCAGGGGCGGCUUCCCCGUGCGGCGCGAGCCGCGAAGGGCUGGGCUCGCCUUGCCCCAGCCCGGUCGCGCCUGCCCCUGCCGUGGCCGGUGGUCUGCCUGGUCAUCGAGACGAUGUGCGGCCGGGGGCUCGUGGCUUUCGCAUGGAUCACGGCGGUGGCCUUCGCCCUGUAUCUUCGGCCUCGCGAGGCCGUGGACUUGGUGCAGUCCCAGCUGAUCCCGCCGGGCUUCACGGCGGCCACCAGCGUCCACUCGCGGUGCGUCGUGCUCCACAUGUUCGAGCGCCUCACGCCGUCCAAGACGGGGGUGUUCGACGAGGGCCUCCUGAUCGACUCAGCGUGCUCCCCGUGGAUGCCGGGCCUCGUCGCCGAGCUGCACCGCAGGACGACGGCCGGGCAUCGCCUGUUCCCGGUGUCCUACGCCCAGUGGAACUACCGCUUCAAGGCCGUCGUCAACAGCCUCGGCCUCAACGCCCUGGGCAACCUGAGCCUGCACCAGCUCCGGCGCGGAGGGGCCAGCCACGAGCUGUACGCGGCGGCGCGGCCCCUGAAGGACACCCAGAAGCGCGGCCGCUGGGCCACGGACGCCGCGCUGCGCAGGUACGCGAAGGGGGGGCGCGUGCAGGAGCAGCUCCACCGGCUGCCGCCCGGCCUCCAGACCCAGGCCGAGCGCGCUUUCACCCGGAUUGGCGCGACCCCGCGCGCGGGCCGCGGUGUCUUCCUGGAAGUCUCCAGCGGCGCCGGGGGGGUGUCGGCGGCCCGGCGCCCGGCCUUCAAGGCGCAGCGCGCCGCCUUCGAGCUGGACUUCAAGAACUCGUCCAGCCACGACCUGCUCCUCUGCGCAGGUUGGUUCGAGGGUGGGUGA